AUGGAAAAAUAUCCUGCGAUUAUCGACUGGUGCCCAUUCGCUUCCGUCCGAGACCGCCUCAUCACUCUCCACGCCGCUAAUCCUCGCAUCGACGAAAUAAUCUGUAACAUGGCGACCUCUUAUGUAGUCGAAGCUGACCUGUGCGACCUUGUCCAGACCAACGGGCACGCGCUUCGAUGCUACGUACGGGUAUGGGAUAUUAUACAGUUCAUGGAUCGCAAAGUAAGCGAUGAGCAACAUACGGCUCUACCGAAGGAACGUCUUCCAGCACCGACUGCAGCAUCAUUGUUCACAAAGUCAUACGCGACACAAGUUUUUCAGAAGUUACACAUGGAUGAGGGCAUCACAUUCUACAAGCUUGAUCCUGCAUUCUUCAUACAAUACCCCGAACUUCUCGGCGACGACCAUGGAAUCAUUGGCCAAGGUACUGCGAUUCUGCCUGACAUACAGACUACACUACCUGGACCCAGUGAGCUGGAUGAAAGAAUGACUACCACUUACAGGCACUUUACUUGUUGGUCAAUCGACGUCCUUUCGCAAAGUUGA